GGAGCUGCGUACAUCCCGUCUCUUUCAAAGGGCGCGUAAUUACCAGAACUUGAGGCCCGGCGGGAUGCAUUGCUAAAACAUAUCGCCGCAAUCAAGCUGGAAGACGAUUUCAGCCAGCCUCUGAGCCAGGACCUCACGUUACUCCCCCACGUGAGAUCGAGCGAUGGCUGCUUUCGCCACAGCACACAAUGGAUCACAAUGGGAGACUGCCACAGAGAAGGCUUCUUCGCAUGUGCAUCAGAGUUCGUGGUGUGUAAGAACACCGAACAGCUGCAAACUAGCAGCGGACAUCGACCGUCAGCAUUACAAAAUCCUGAUGCUGUCGGCGUGGUCGACAUGGCAACGAGGUGCAAGGCACCUCAAGAGAAUUCAGAAGAUAUCCGCUGUAAAUGUAUUUGCCCACCUUACAAAGAUGUGUUGGGACAGAUCUACAAUCAGAACGUGUCACUGAAGGACUGUAACUGCCUACAUGUGGUGGAGCCAAUGCCAGUGGAGGGCAAGGAUGUGGAGGCUUACUGUCUACGCUGCGAAUGCAAAUACGAGGAGAGAAGCUCCAGCACAAUUAAAGUGACCAUCAUCAUCUACCUGUCCAUCCUGGGCCUGCUGCUGCUCUACAUGGUGUACCUGACCCUGCUGGAGCCCGUGCUGAAGAGGAGGCUGUUCGGUCACUCGCAGCUCAUCCAGAGCGACGACGACGCCGGGGACCAGCAGCCGUUCGCCAACGCACAUGACGUGCUGUCGCGGUCACGGUCGCGGUCUAACAUGCUGAACAAAGUGGAGCAUGCUCAGCAGCGCUGGAAGCGGCAGGUUCAGGAGCAGCGCAAGUCCGUGUUCGACCGGCAUGUGGUGCUCAGCUAAACCCCGCCCUGCCCGCGUCCCUCCAGAGAAGCGACACCACUGUGACUGGGUCUGUCCUGCGCCCCCCCUCCCCCCGACCUGCGUUCACCUCCCGGUCUGACGUCCUCACCAGUGUUUCUUUACAUCUUGGUCUUUACUGUCCUGGUAGAGAACAUGUAUGUACGGUGCAGUGUGUAACUGGCGUUCCCCUGUAAUGUCCUAUAUGUUUAUUUCCCCUCAGGUUGUAGUUUAGCACUCCAAAUGUCAUAGUUAAAGCCUCUGACGCACGGAUGUACACCAUGGGGGGUGUUGGCAGGGGGGUGGGUUUGUUCCUCAUUUCUGGGGCGAAAAUCAUUUGUUCCCCGGUUUUGAUGAGUGACAAAGCACGUUCCACAGAGCAGCAGUCCCACACACACGUUUUUGAAAUCAGGCCCAUGCCACUGAGGUGAUGAAGUGCAUGGGCAGUUUGCUUUUGGUCAGUCAUUUUUUUGGUUCAUUUAAAUUUGUGAGUGUUUGGCCAGAAUGUGAUUUGGGCAGGACUUGCAUGGCCCCAUACAAUGGGAGAAGUCAGUCCCUCCGCCUGAACAGAUCAGGGGUGUUUACAUAGAACGGAUCGUUUUUCUCCUAAUUGAGUUGAGCAGCUGCGUUUUCACAUGCAGUCUGUGUGAAAAUACUACUGCCAACAGAGAAAGAUAGAGUGGAACACGAUUGAUUUUGAAUCUGAAUUAAGUGAACUAUGUCUGUCUUUUUUGCAGGUAUGCUUGCAUGCACUGGAAUUCUUUUUUGACUUAUUGUUGGAAACUAACUUUAACUUUAACUUAAGACUAUGACAUGUACAGUAUUGGAAUAGCUUUUUGCCAAGUAAUGUGUGAUCUCAGUCGUGAUGGUGUAAUGACCUAUGUCUCAUUUACACUAAAUGACUGGAUGGUUUAAGUAAAUAAGUUAAUAAGUUAAUAUUUAAUCUCAUUCCUAAUGUUACUGAUGGUACUGAUGCAGUAUAUAAUAUACCCUUUGAUGAAACUGCUUAAAAAUAAAUGUGGAAAGUGCAUUAAUAAUAUUUAUAAUCUAUUUGUGAUCUCUCACUUGAGUAGCUUAAUGUGUGAAUGAUCCAAAAAUAGAUUUCCUAUUUGAUCUAUUAUGUUUGUAUAUACAGGAAUCAUUAACUGCACUUUGUAAAAAUCAUUUUUCUUGAUUUUAUUGUUCAUAUGUAAAAUGAGCACAAGUGUUUUCCCCUACUGUUAUGUUUGGCCAGUGAUUCUCAACUCAAGUAACUUUUUCCAACCCAAAUUGUUGCUAAGAUUAAGAUGAAUUAGCAUGUCAUAAUCAUUAAAGUUAACCGUACUAUAGCAUGCCAGUACGUGUCUUGGGUCAUUCCCACCCAGACUCGUUCUGUAGUCAGUUUUGCCAGCAGUGCAAGGGUGUCAAUCUUCUCUGAUAAGGAACCAGUGUGGGUGCAGGAUUUUGGUUUGGCCCAGCACUACGACACCCAAUUCUACUGAUCAAGGCCUUCAUUGAAGACCAUGAUUACAGCGGUUAAUGAGUUGAGUCGGGUAGACUGGACUAAAACACAAACCUACACCAGCCCUUUACAGAUUCGAUUGGUCACCCCUCCUGCAUUCAUUGAUUAGAAAGGCGAUUUGAUUUGGUGUUAAAUGGUGAUUGGAGGAAAUCUGAUAAAUGUUAAUAAGCUAAUAACAUUCAGCCUGAGGGAUUCAAAUUAAAAUGUUACUUGGCUCUUGUAUACUUUCUGUGAUGCCCUCUAAUUUGAAAUUAAAUUGUGUUGUACAAAGAA